AUGGCGUUUCUUCGUCGGAACUCUGCUAUCGCACUGCUCUCACUGUGCGGUCUGGUGUUGAGCUUGUAUUGCGUUCAUGUCCAACAAAACGUGGAGAGGAAGAUCGCUUACAAGCCAUAUUGCGACAUUGCCCCCCACGUGAUGUGCUCGAAGGUCGCGUUAAGCCCUUAUAGCCAUCUUCUUUCGCUUUCUGGACUCGCCGAGCCUCACGGACGUAUGGACGUUGCCAACGGCUACCUUGGUGCCAUCUUUUACAGCUUCAUGAUGACUUACCCUCUCGGAAAGCAUGCGCUCAAAAACAGCUAUUUUGUUGCAACGGCAACGGCUCUGGUUGUCUCAGGAUACCUUUGCUACUUGGUGUACUCGGCUCUUUCAGUGAUCUCUGUCAUUUCGUUUGGUACUGCGACAAUCAACGCUCUACUAUUCAUUUCUCUCCUUGGAGGAGACUGGGCAGACAAAGUCAGUGCAGAGAUUUCAGAUAGAAGAGGUCGCCUUGAAGCGGAGCCAGAAAAUCGGCGACGGGAAGAGAAGAAAGUAAAAUAA